GGGAGACCACCAACAACCCUCAGAAAAUAAUAUAAAAACGAACCUCAAAGGCAGAAGAAAAUACCCAAAAGGAGAAGACUGCAGCUUGCAGUAAUCUGUAAAUGAUUGCUGGCAAAGACUGGAGGCUUCGAGCUUGAGCUGUGUUUGUUCCAAAAGAAAGCCAAGAAGGACGGUGUUAAUAAAGAGAGAUUUAACUGAGGGCUGUGCUUGGAAUAAAGUGGACUACAAAAAGGUCAAAUUUGAUCAGUUGGAGCAGAUUACAAGGGCUUUAAAAGGUAGUGGUGAAGAAAUGAAACUGGGACUGUGAAGCAAUAUAGCACAAGAUUGAUUUUGGGGGUGGAGAGAAGCUGGGACAAGUGCUUAUCAGCUUGAGAAGGAGGAAGAGCUGUGCUGGGUUUGUUGUCAUUCCCACACUGAGUAGAGUACUUGCUGCUUUUGUGGUUAGCCUUCCCUGCCGUGGUUUUUCUUUUUUCUUUUUCUCAUUUUUAAUAUACAUAUUUUAUUAUUGUUAUUCCUACAAUGGUGUCUAUAAUCUCUGACUUGGAUCCUCUGAAAAGCUGGAAAGUUUUAAGAGAGACUGCCACAGAGUUGUCUGGAACAUUACCAAGUAACGGCACAGCUAACAAGAUGAAUGGAGCUUUGGAUCAUUCAGACCAACCAGACCCAGAUGCCAUUAAGAUGUUUGUUGGACAGAUUCCCCGUUCGUGGUCAGAAAAAGAAUUAAAAGAACUUUUUGAGCCUUAUGGAGCUGUCUACCAGAUUAAUGUUCUCCGAGACAGAAGUCAGAACCCUCCCCAAAGUAAAGGUUGUUGUUUCGUAACAUUUUAUACAAGAAAAGCUGCUCUUGAGGCACAGAAUGCACUGCACAAUAUUAAAACUUUACCUGGGAUGCAUCAUCCUAUUCAGAUGAAACCCGCAGACAGUGAAAAGUCAAAUGCUGUGGAAGACAGAAAAUUGUUCAUAGGAAUGGUUUCGAAGAAGUGUAAUGAGAAUGAUAUCAGGGUGAUGUUUUCUCCGUUCGGCCAGAUAGAAGAAUGCCGAAUCCUUCGGGGACCAGAUGGGCUGAGCCGAGGCUGUGCGUUUGUCACAUUUUCUACAAGGGCAAUGGCACAGAAUGCAAUCAAAGCCAUGCACCAGUCUCAGACCAUGGAGGGCUGCUCUUCGCCAAUCGUGGUGAAGUUUGCUGACACCCAAAAGGACAAGGAGCAGCGGCGUUUGCAGCAGCAGUUGGCUCAGCAGAUGCAACAGCUCAAUACUGCCACUUGGGGAAACCUCACAGGUCUUGGAGGACUCACACCACAAUAUCUAGCUCUCCUGCAGCAAGCAACUUCCUCCAGUAACUUGGGUGCCUUCAGCGGCAUUCAGCAAAUGGCUGGCAUGAACGCUUUACAAUUACAGAAUUUGGCAACUUUAGCAGCCGCAGCAGCCGCCGCCCAGACCUCAGCUACCACCACCAAUGCAAAUCCUCUCUCCACAACGACUGGUGCUCUGGGAGCCCUCACAAGUCCUGUGGCUGCAUCAACUGCUAAUUCCACAGCUGGUGCGGCCAUGAAUUCUUUGACUUCUCUGGGUACUCUCCAAGGACUGGCUGGAGCCACUGUUGGACUGAAUAAUAUUAAUGCACUAGCAGUUGCUCAAAUGCUCUCAGGUAUGGCGGCCCUGAACGGAGGACUCGGCGCAACAGGCCUGACGAACGGCACGGCCGGCACGAUGGACGCGCUCACCCAGGCCUACUCAGGAAUCCAGCAGUACGCGGCCGCCGCGCUGCCCACCCUCUACAGCCAGAGCCUGCUGCAGCAGCAGAGCGCCGCGGGCAGCCAGAAGGAAGGUCCAGAAGGGGCAAACCUCUUUAUUUACCACCUCCCCCAGGAGUUUGGAGACCAGGACAUUCUGCAGAUGUUCAUGCCUUUUGGAAAUGUUAUCUCCGCUAAAGUCUUCAUUGACAAACAGACCAAUUUAAGCAAGUGCUUUGGUUUUGUUAGCUAUGACAAUCCGGUCUCUGCACAAGCUGCUAUCCAGGCUAUGAACGGCUUUCAGAUUGGCAUGAAACGCUUGAAGGUUCAGCUGAAACGCUCCAAAAAUGACAGCAAACCUUACUGAUCUUAACCCCAGAUGCUUACUGCUCUUAUUUUAGCUUUCUUAGGACAUCUCCAUGCCCGUUAGCCCAUCGUUUGCCUAGCAUGUCCCUGUGGCGUCUCAAAAAAAAAAAAAGUUUCAUCGUCCCGUCAUUGUUUCUGAUGUCUUUCUGACCUCACAUCAUAUUUGGUUCUCCUACUGACCUAGUUUGACCUUUGAAAUUUGCAUGUGACCUCAUCUAGCUAUGAAUUCUGGGAAGUCAAUGUGAAAAAACAUUGCUGCAUUCAUGCAAGACUGAAAUUUAUUAUUAGAUAAAUUAAUGAUAGGAUUUAAAAACAACCUGUGGCAAAAUGUUUUUUCUUUCUUUCCUUUUUUUUUUUUUUUCAGUUCUGGUUUUUGGUUUCCUUCUUUCCUUGGAGUUUUUGUUUCAUUUUGUUUGGGUUUUUUGUUUUGGGUUUUUGUUUUUCUUGGUUGAUUUUUGGUUUUGUUUUUUUUUUUUCAUUUCGUAAAAAAAAAAAUAAAAAAAAACAGACUUGAAAGUAUUAUACAGGGAUUGGCAUUCUGCCUGGUCACUGGUGACAAUAGCAAUAUGUGUCCAGAGGCACAGAAUGUUGGUUUCUAACAGACUACUUCCAAAACAGUUUGAGAAAUAAAACUGUCUGAUUUUAAGUCUCUAGAGGUCUGUAAUAGUUUUUACAUUUUUCAGGCAGUGUAAAGUUUUUUGAUAAGGCCAUUUUAGGUGGCUCACUUUCUCAUUAAAGUAUAUAUAUAGAACCACUUUUUGUAGAUUAGUAUAAGAAAAUAUUUACCCUGUUUUAGGGCAAAUGCUACCUACUUGUGUCACCUUUUGCUGAACUGACUCACAGUUAGACAAUCCAUGGUUUAAUGCACAUGAAAUUACCUAUAUUUUAUACUGUUUCAAUGUACAGAAGAAAGGUUACUGUAAAAUGUGUUACGUUGGUGCUUCUGUGAAUUAAGUUGUGGUUUCAUCAUGAGUCUUAUGGUCUUAAGUGUUCUAUGUUUAUAAAAAGACAAGUUUAAAAUUGGUUUACUUGAACAAGAACAAAAAGAAGAUUCAAAAAAAAACAAAAAAAAAACAAAAAAAAAAGUUGUUUGCUUAAAAAAGAAUAAUUUCAUGUGAAAAUAAAAAAAUAUUCCAGAAUAAGUUUGUGUUGGCUUGUGACGCAUUGAUGUCAUUUUUUUAUUGUGAACAAUUUAGGUGUGUUUGUGUUCAGCAAAAUGUGAUCAGUUUUUCUUUUAAAGAAAAAAAAAAUCAGUGAAACUAUAGUGCCAAAUUCCAAAGGUACUUUCUUCCUAGA